UGUUUCACGCUCAGAAGAACAAUUAAGUUGAACACUUCAAAAACCCUUUUUCCAGGUUUUAUAUAUAUCCCAAACGCUCACUCAUGGCAAAUGGUUCUGUUCUCUCACCUGUUGUUAAAAGGCUUGAGGGGAAAGUGGCGAUUAUCACCGGCGGUGCCAGCGGCAUAGGUGAGGCCACUGCAAGACUCUUCUCACAGCAUGGAGCUCACGUGGUGGUGGCUGAUAUUCAAGACGAUGUGGGACUUUCUCUCUGCAAUGAGUUGAAAUCAGCCAUAUAUGUUCAUUGCGAUGUGACAAAGGAAGAAGACAUCGAAAAGUGCGUGGACACAGCAGUUUCCAAGUUCGGGAAGCUAGACAUCAUGUUUAAUAACGCCGGUACAGGUGAUGAGUUCAAAAAAAGCAUACUCGACAACACAAAAUCUGAUUUUGAGAGAGUGAUAAGUGUGAACCUGGUUGGUCCAUUUCUGGGAACAAAGCACGCUGCAAGAGUCAUGAUUCCUGCUAGAAGAGGGUGCAUAAUUAACACAGCGAGUGUUGCAGGAUGCAUAGGUGGAGGAGCUACACAUGCCUACACCAGUUCAAAGCAUGCCCUAGUGGGACUCACCAAAAACACUGCGGUGGAGCUUGGACAAUUCGGUAUUCGUGUGAACUGUGUGUCCCCUUUUGCCAUUGUGACACCGUUGUUGAACAAAUAUUUCAAUCUUGAUGAAGAAGGAGUUCGCAAGACUUAUAUGAACCUAAAAGGUUGGUAUCCUGUGCCUAACGAUGUGGCAGAAGCUGCUCUUUACUUAGCAAGUGAUGAGUCUAAGUUUGUUAGUUCUCAUAAUCUUGUCAUAGACGGAGGUUUGAUCAAUUCAAACGUAGGAUUUCCUAUGUUUGAGAUGUAAAUAUGUUCUGGUUCCUUAAAUAGUUAUAUUGUUGGUGUUAUUUGGCUUUGAGGACAGUUCAGAAACCGUAGCUUCCGACAUAUGUGAAGAAAGAAGGCAAUAGAUUUGGUGGAUAUUACAAUCCUCACUCAAAUCUAGCCAUUUUGCUCAUUCUUGUGAAAAAAAAUAAACAUGUGUUACGAUGGAAAUGUGUUUUAUAUUAUAAA